AUGCUCUUUUCCAAGGCAUCCUUCGUGACCAUGCUGAUUCUGGCAUCCCUGGCUGUCCCCAAUGCAGCUCAAUACGAAACCCCGUCCCCUACACCGUUCCCAACCCCGGAGCCGACCCCUUGUCCUUCGCCAGAGGCAACGCCGAGUCCGACUCCUGAACCCACGCCCGAGCCAACCCCCGAAGCUACGCCUGCCCCAACCCCGGAGCCAACGCCGUGUCCGACCCCUGAACCCACGCCCGAGCCAACCCCCGAAGCUACGCUUGCUCCCACCCCGGAGCCAACGCCAUGUCCGACUCCUGAACCCACACCAGCGCCAACUCCCGAAGCUACGCCUGCUCUUACCCCGGAGCCCUCCACAGAGCCUACUCCUGAACCCACACCAGAGCCAACUCCCGAAGCUACGCCUGCUCCUACCCCGGAGCCCACCACAGAGCCUACUCCAGAACCUACCACAGAACCUACUCCAGAACCUACCACAGAACCUACUCCCGUGCCUACUCCAACCACGGAACCCACCACCGAGCCUACUCCAGAACCUACAACCCCAGAACCCACACCGGAAGCAACGCCAGAUUGGACCCCUGAACCUACCCCAGCACCGACCCCUGAGCCAACACUUGAUCCGACCCCUGCACCGACCCCAGAGCCCACCCCCGCGCCAACACCGGAAUCGACCCCCGUGUCGACUCCGGGACCCACACCCGCGGUACCAACUCCUCAAGUUACCCCACAGACCACACCCGCACUGACUCCCCCCUCGGCACCGACACCAGCCCCGACAACGUACAGUCCCCCCUCGACGCCGACGUCCCGAGCUCCAACUCCAGUCCCGACGACGUUCCGACCGUACACCCCUUCGUCGACCGCAGGACCGUCCGUCUCCCCUCCCACGCCAGCCCCGACGACGUUCCAACCCCACAUCCCGCCUUCCACCUCCAGUCGCUUCCGAUCUCCAACGCCCGCGCCUACCAUGUACCCCCAGUUCGCAGCGCCUUCCACCUCUGCUGGGUACCAAUCUGUUGCCCCACGUCCGUCGGUCACGUAUUGCACGUCGUCGUUGCCCACCCCGCCGUCUGUGUGUCGAGGGGUGUCCAACUGGAAGCUCUUGCUCGUGUUUGGGGUGGACGGGCCGUUCUGCGCCCCAGGACCCAACUACUGCUCGUCGUCGAUCACGGACAGCUGCCCUGGCCCGCAACGCGGCCUUCCCUAUGGCUCGUACUGCGCCAAGCUGCCCACCGGGCGCUUCGGCUGUCUCCCGCACACCACAUGCGACGACGGCACGACGUUCGAAGACGGAGAGCUGGGCCCGGCGGACGACACGCCAGAGCCGGUCACGGACGCCCCGUCGUCCGGCCCUGUCUACGACGAAACGUCGGGCUGCUUGCUUGACACGAACGUCCCCGACCUGGACGCGUGUUCCGACGACCAGCUGCUCAAGGGCGGGUGGGCCCCCAUCAGCGUGCAGGGCCGGUACCACUUUUGCACACGCGUGACUCCCCAGUUGCCCACGUUCUGCGUCGCCGACAUCGUGGGCAACUGUCCCACCGCCCAGCCCGGCCUUCCCUACGGCUCCGAGUGCCGGUUUCUGCCCAAGACCAAGGUGUACGGGUGCGUACCCCGCACCACCUGCGCCGAAAACGACCCACCCACGACGACUCCCGCCCCCACCGGAUGUACCUAUCCCUCUGCGUAAUGCUCUUCCAUUCCCAUUCCCUCUACGUGCAUGCAUUCAUAAGACCAGUGAACGAGGCUCGU